AUCCUCUCUCUCGCUGUCUCACACGCGGUUGCUAUAAAUAGGAGCACCCUUUCCUCACUUCUACGCAUCAAGUACUUGGUUUCAACUAGACGCUGAACAAAAGCUCCAAGUUUCCAGUCUUAAUUUAGCUAUGGCCAUCUCCAAGGCUUUAAUUGCUUCGAUUCUCCUUUCUCUUCUCCUUAUCGCUGAAGCUGAUCAGAUGGCCGUGAAAGACGAUGUCGCAAAGGGUUCUGUCCCGACUAAAAUAGAUUGUGGAGGGGCAUGUAAUGCGAGGUGUCAGCUGUCGUCGAGGCCGAACCUCUGCAAAAGGGCGUGCGGGACAUGCUGUAGCCGUUGCAAUUGUGUUCCUCCGGGCACUUCCGGUAAUCAGGACGUCUGCCCCUGCUACGCCAACAUGACCACCCGCGGCAACAAACGCAAGUGCCCUUAAACAAAUUAACAAGCCAAAGCCAAAGCCAAAGCCAACCCCCAAACCUUGUAUUAAUUAAUAAAUAUGCUGGGACUGUUUCCGAGGUUUUAUAAGUUAUAAUCCAAGAAGAACAUAUAUAAUAUUGAGGGUCGUGGAAAAGAAAAUUUGUGUAAUGAAUAGUACUUUUAUAUAUUAAUAUCAGUUGUAUAAGAGCCUGCUACAACAUCAGUUGUGGAGUUUGAGUUGUGGAAAAUAAUGUUUUUCUUUUUGUAAUGUUUUUCCGCUUAUGUCUUUAAAUACUGAAAGUAAAGAUGUCUCUCUC